UCUCUGUACGCGGCGACUUGCUGCAAGCUUUCUCUACGAACAUAAGAGACAAGGCGGGCUGGAAAUACUCACCAUGGGUAGCCCGACAUCCCCGGAGCGCCCAGGAUUGCGCCUGCCAGCCUUGAUCGCAUACGGCCAAAUCCGAUUGUGGGCGCACGUUGUCCGGACGCAAGUCUUGUCUCCUUUCUUCCAUGGAUGCAAAAUUCUGGAAAGGCGCAUGGAUGCGGCUCACUUCGUUAUCGUUUCCUCCAAUACCACCAGAUGCAAGGUCGGCGCUCACGACGAGGACAUUCCUGACGACGCUUCUCCCAUCCUUUCUUUCCUAUUAUCUCGCAGCGCGUCUUGCGAUAAACAGCAGAGCCCUUUCUACUCGAAUUGCAUUCCUUCCCAUAGCACUCUAUACUACAUAUAAAUGCGCCACAACGCUUGACCUCGCCCCAGGAGAAGAAAACGCGAGAAAUCGGUACUUUAAUGAUGUUCUCGUCCUCUCCAUGACCUUGUGCUCCUCGCGCAUCAUUGUUUGGACCUUCUCGCCUACGCCGCCUCGUCGGUUGGACCCAUCUUUACCUUCGUCAGCUCUCCAACUCUGCCUCAGCCUCCGAGGAUACGGCUGGAACUGGGGCCCGCCGCAAAGCCGUGCUCCACAAGAAUGGCGCCCAACGAGCUCCGUCAUGCGUUUCGUUACCGCCACCGUCCUAUCUGUUAUCUUCCACACCAUCUUGUACGACCUCGUACUCAUACAGAUCGAAUGUAUUGCCCCAGGAACAUGGCAAUCUCCCUGGGGCACACCCAUCCUCCCUCCCUCCGGCUAUCCAAACCUCCAGACCACCGCUAUCUCGUUCCUCUCGUUCUUCCUCAUAUAUGCUUCCGUCCAGAUCAUCUACGACGUCUCCACCCUAGUCGGUGUCGGCCUCUUCCAGCAACCACCCAGCAAAUGGCCGCCUCUAUACGAUAACGUCCUCCUCUCAACGUCCCUAGCCCAGUUUUGGGGCCACAGAUACCACCAGCUCUUUCGGCAGACUUUUGCUGGGCCCUUCUCCCUGUUACCGCUGCCCGUGAUUGUGCAGCUGUUUGGAGCGUUUGUGAUAUCGGGUUUAUUCCAUUGCUUUGGGACGUGGGCAAUUGGUAAUGGGGCAGAUUGGUGGCCGAUGGGAGGGUUCUUUGUGGUCAAUGCGCUGGGUAUUGGGUUGGAGAGGGUGUGGUCGUACCUCUUUGGGAGGAAAGUCGGCGGGUUGGCUGGAAAGGUAUGGACAGUGCUGUGGUUGGCGGGUUGGGGGAAUUGGUUAUUCGAUGAGUAUUCGAGGAAGGGUAUGGUAUACCAGAGGAUACUGUUGAAAUUCUGAUGUACUUUAGAUAGUAUUGGGUUGGGCAGUAUAACGUACUAUCUGUAAUGUGCUCCUAAUGCAAGUAUGGCUUCCUGGCG